GGAUUCGAUAUCUCAUCAUGUUUUUAUUUCCAGAUUAUCUCUUUUUCAAUAAAAAAAAUGCUGAAACAGGUGCUAUUAGUGUUAGCUCUGAGCAUUUAUCAAUUAAAUGCCGAGGAGGGGGCAGCAAGAUUACUUUUAGCUAAACAGAUUCAUAACAAAUACUUGGUGGAGGGUAUGGAUAUUGUUGUUAAAUACAGUGUAUUCAACGUCGGAGACAGUGCUGCUACAAACAUUCAGGUCUCAGACAACGGGUUCAGGCCUGAUGAUUUCGAUCUGGUGUCUGGACAGACUCAGUUUAAGCUGGACAGGUUGGCUGCUGGAUCCAACUCCAGUCAGACCGUUGUUGUCCGGCCAAGAAAGUUUGGAUACUUCAACUUCACUGCCGCAGAGGUUAGUUACGCUGGUACUGAAGGAAGCAGUGUUGUGCUGACCGGUCUGAGUUCUGACCCAGGACAAGGUGUUAUCAUAGCUGCCAGGGACUACGAGAAGCAGUUCUCAUCCCACUUCCUGGACUGGGUUGCCUUCGCUGUGAUGACUCUUCCCUCCCUGGGGUUCCCCUUCAUGCUGUGGUACUCAAGCAAGUCUAAAUACGAGGCCCUUGCUCUCAAGAAGGAUUAAAGCAAAUAUCGUCUUUGUUGUCUACACUUGUGUGUCGUCUUGAACAAAAAUUCACACUGAAGCUCAAUAGAUCCUUCAAGUAUCUUUGUUAAGGACAGAAAUGUCGCCAGUUAGUUUAUUUACAGGUUUACUUAAACUUUAAUUGUUCUGUGCUUUAAAUACACCUUUGCCAGUCCUAUAAUUGUUAUCCUUUAAAAUAGGUUGUGCUUCACAUACUUUUAAUAAGUAACUCGUGUUUAGAAGUUUCCCCCUUUUCCUUAUUUAAGUGAGUUUUUAUCACACCUGCCUAAUCAUUAUGCAAAUAUUUAAUAUAUUUUUUAACCUGUUAUUUGCAUUUAGUUCUACUCCCAGUUUAUUGCUUAACUGCCAUUCCACUUUAAAUGAUAGUUUCAAGCCUGGAACGGAAGUGCACGCUGUCCUGGCUUGUUUUGUUAAAAGUUUUUGUUACAAGAUUCUCAAAAUACAUUUUAACUGAAAUAUCGUGGAAGUAUCUAGA